AGAUACGAAUGUUUUAAUUCUAAACUGUGCUUACCCUUCAAUUGAUUAUUGUUAUGAUUUAUUCGAAACCUUUAAAUUUUCGCGCCGCGGCCAUAUUGUAAUUUUACAGUGUGACGUCAGUGUCGCAUUGCGAACUCCUGGCCGGAUUCGUUCAGAAAUAUAAAAUAUUCUGAGGAUGGUGACGUCUAUUUACCGAUCAGAACAACUAGAUUUGAUAAGUUUACAGUUCAGCAAUAAAUACUGGAAGCACGUUUCAGAUUUUUAGGUUACGCAUUCAAUAAUUUUGCUGUUAUAUUAAUUGAGAUACAUUUUAAUAAACUUUUGAAAACUAUUCUGUGAAUUCGUUGACAGGUCUUUAACUUUUAUUUUUUAGAUUUGUUGAGUCAAUGAAAUUUUUGACAUUUACAUAAAAAUAACGUCAAAAAUGGACCAUGUCAAAAACAGCUGUAAAUCGUCUUCCCUUUGCAUAAAAAUCGUUAACUUGCAAUAAAUGAAUAAAAAAACAAGAAUUUCAAGAUGAAACUAAUCAAAAUAUGCCGUCCAUUAAAUUACAAGUGUAUGACCACAUUGGCACGCCGCCUUUCUCACAGUACGGAAAAGCAGUGGGAAAGUGUAGUUGGUCUUGAAGUUCACGCUCAGCUAAAUACAAAAUCAAAACUAUUUUCGGGUGCUCAGAAUACUUUUGGUGGUUUAGUGAAUAACUGUGUAGCUUUAUUCGACGCUGCUAUCCCUGGUACGCUGCCAGUGCUAAACAGAAAAUGCGUGGAAUUGGGUAUAAUGACCGCAUUAGCGCUGUCAUGUAAAAUCAACGAAGUGUCGAGUUUUGACAGAAAACAUUAUUUUUACGCUGAUCUACCAGCUGGGUAUCAAAUCACGCAGCAAAGAGCUCCACUAGCCACGGACGGUAUCUUAAGUUUUCAGGUAUAUACUCCGGGAAUCCACAAAGCACCUUACAGAAAAAGUUCAAAGAUCAAGCAAAUUCAACUGGAACAAGACAGCGGCAAGUCACUUCACGAUGCAGAACUUCGACGCAGUCUCAUUGACCUCAAUAGAGCGGGGGCUCCACUCAUGGAACUUGUGUUUGAGCCGGACUUAGAGGAUGGCGAGGAAGCAGCGGCGCUCGUUAAGGAGUUGGUGUUGAUUGUGCAGCGGCUUGGUUCAUGUACCGGCCGUAUGGAAGAGGGGGCUCUCAGGGUCGACGCCAACGUCUCCCUGAGGGAACCUGGCGCACCACUGUCUACUCGUACUGAGAUUAAAAACAUAGGCUCAGUGCGGGGUGUGGCGGGUGCGAUUCGACACGAGAUCGAACGCCAGCGCGCCAUACUCAACGACGGAGGGGAGAUCAUCAACGAGACGAGAGCCUGGGACGCGACCUCCAGAGUCACCAUACCUAUGAGGGACAAGGAGGUCGUACAGGAUUACAGAUACAUGCCGGAACCAAACCUGCCACCGCUGCGCGUAAACUUAACAUCCAAGGAAGACCACAAUGACGUACUCAGCGUACCUCUUAUCAAGGAAAAGAUACCCGAGCUUCCAGAAGAAUCAAGAAGGAAGCUCAUAGAAAACUUUAAUCUGCGCCCCGAAACCGCUAUCCAAUUAGUCAACGAGCCCAUCUUGCUUAACUACUUCCAUGACCUAAUGUCAAAUAAACGCAGAAAUCCAGCAAAGGUUGCGAAUUUCUUGAUCAAUGAUCUACUAACUGUACUUAAUAGGAAGAAAUUAGACACCGUUAACUCACCCAUUACAAUUAAGCAACUACAAGAACUGACUGAUCUGCUAUUGAAUAGAGACAUUAACUUAGAAAUUUCUAGGACUGUUUUAGAAGAACUGAUUGUUUUAGCUGACAUGAGUUUGUCCCCACUACAAGUAAUAGAAGAAAAAGGUUGGAAAUUAACAAGUAAUGAAGAAGAAGUAACGAAUGUAUGCAUGGCUGUCAUAGCCGAGAAUCCAAAGAUGGUACAACAAUACAAAAAUGGAAAAACUAAAGUAUUCAAAGCACUUUUGGGAAAAUUGUAUAAGGAAUCCAAUAAUAAGAUUGAUAUGUCUAUAGCGUCUAAGAUAAUGGAAGGGUUAUUAAAAAAGUGAUAAUAAAUUUAUAAAUAAUUUA